GACGUAGACGCCGCGACCUAGUCCAAGAUAACUUACCAUUCACCUUCAGGAUCUUUUCAUUCCAACACUGGCACUCUCGGUGCUAUCCGCUCCUUUGCUGCGUCCGUAUUAAUGGCAUUUUGCCAUCGUCGUCAAGCAGGCAGCAAACACGCUAGAUCCAAAUUGGACACUCAUUGAAUCAAGUCUAGGUGCUCUGUAUUUCGCUUUGCUUCGAUGAUUUCUUGAGAUCCUCUCCCUCCUAUUCUUCCAGGUGUGGAAUAAACAUGGCAGACACAAUCAAGAUCCUGGUGGCAACAGAUAAUCAUGUGGGCGCCCAUGAACGAGAUCCCAUAAGGGGUGACGAUUCGUGGAAGACGUUUCAUGAAAUCAUGUGUCUAGCCAAAGAACAUGAUGUCGAUAUGGUCCUGCUGGCAGGAGAUUUAUUUCACGAAAACAAGCCAUCUCGAAAGUCCAUGUACAACGUCAUGCGUUCACUACGCCUCAACUGCUUAGGCGACAAGCCAUGCGAGCUGGAAAUGCUGAGCGAUGAAUCCGAACAUUUCGAUGAAACCUUCGACCAUGUCAAUUAUGAAGAUCAAAACAUCAACGUCGCCAUUCCUGUCUUCUCGAUACACGGCAAUCACGAUGAUCCAACAGGAGACGGCCAUUAUGCCGCACUAGACCUGCUUGCGGUCUCAGGCCUUAUCAACUACUACGGCAAGACACCUCAAAGCGACAAUAUCGUGGUCAAGCCUGUCCUUAUCCAGAAGGGGCGCACUAAACUUGCUCUGUACGGCUUGUCCAAUGUCCGAGAUGAACGUUUAUACCGAACGUUUCGAGACCAUAAAGUCCAAUUCCACCGUCCAAGCAUCCAGAUGGGAGACUGGUACAACUUGAUAUGCGUGCAUCAAAACCAUCACGCCCACACCGAAACAUCAUAUCUCCCCGAGAACUUCUUACCCGACUUCCUCGACUUGGUGAUCUGGGGCCACGAGCAUGAAUGUCUUAUUGAUCCCCGCGAAAACCCUGAAAUGAAUUUCCAAGUCAUGCAGCCUGGCUCAUCCGUUGCGACGUCGCUCAUUCCAGGCGAAGCGGUUCCAAAACACGUCGCCAUUGUGUCCAUAACAGGUCGAGAGAUGAAGAGCGAGCCCAUUCGCCUCACCACAGUCCGACCAUUUGUGUACAAAGACAUCGCGCUCAAGACCGACAAAGAAGCCAUCAAGAUAGCCAAGAGCAAAGAGGAUCAUGGUACGCAGCUGACCCAGUACCUCAUCAAGAUCGUCGAAGGAUUGAUCAAACAGGCCAAACAAGAAUGGCAAGAAGCUCAAGGCGAGCGCGAAGUCUAUCCCGACGAAGUCGAAGAAUGCCCACUACCCCUGAUCCGUCUUCGGAUAGAAACGACUUCUGCGGACGGUGUGGGAAAAUUUCAAAUUGAAAACGCCCAGCGCUUCUCGCACAGAUUCAUCGAUAGGGUUGCCAACACCGAAGACGUAGUGUCGUUCCACGUGAAGAAGAAGAAUGCAGCGGCACGUGCCGCUCGCGACGAAGCCGUCGAGAAGGAAAUCCUCGAGAAGUUUCAGGGCAUCGAUAGCGUCAAGGUCGAACAGCUCGUCAGGGAAUUCUUAGAAGCCCAAUCACUCACUAUUCUGCCGCAAAACCAGUUCGGUGACGUGGUCAGCCAGUAUAUCGUCAAGGACGACAAGCACGCCAUGGAGUAUUUCGUAAACGACAGCCUUGCGACCCAGAUCCGGAGUCUCGUAAAGCUACAGACAGAUACGAACGAAAAUGACGAUGAGGACGACCUCGCUGAGCAGAUCAAAGAACAACGUGCGAGGAUGGAGGAAUUGUUCACGGAGGGGCUCCUCAAAGAGGCAAACUCGACGCGUAAGAUCAAAUACAAGCCUGCACCAGAACACUGGAACAGCGACAUAAUGGGCCCAUGGGAGGAUCAGCCUGCGGCUCGAAUCCUUGACGACGGAGAGGAGUCCCACGACCAAGGUAGCAACGGCGAGGAAGAGGAAGAAGGCAGUACACCGGCGCCCCGAGCGACGACCAGGGGAAGGGGUCGUGGCCGUGGUCGUGGCGGGCGGGGUGCAUCAACAGCAGCCACAAGAGGGAAACGCGCCGCGGUUGCCAAGAAGCCCGCUACAACGACCAGGGGUAAAAAGAGAGCUGUGUCCGAGGAUGACGAGGAUGACGACGGCGACGAUGUCGUCAUGGUCGAUGAGGAAGAGGAUGAGGAUGUUGUUCAAGAAGACGACGAAGACGAAGACUCGCAGGCCCUCUUCAUUCCCGAAAAGCGCAGAAACGGAACCACCGCCGCAUCCUCCUCUGGGAGCAAUGCGAGGACCCGCGCCACAGCGAGCACCAGUACAAGAGGGAGGAAAGCUGCGUCGCCCGUGAAAAAGACACCUGCACGCACAGCUGCAGCGAGAGUCGCGAAGCAGAGCACUUUGAAUUUCACAGCGUCACAGAACAGUAUUAUCGGCGGCACCAGAGAACAAAGCAUCGAGAUCGAGGAUGACGACGACGACGAGGACGCGUUCGAGUCAAUGCCUGCGUCGAUGCCCCCCUCGAGGAGGAGGCGGUAAAUUCACAUCGACACAAGAAACCCGAAGCUGGGUCCGCAACGGCAUGCGGGGGACCGAACAUUGUACGAUACAAUCCUAACCAGGUUCUCAUUGCAUUGUGACACGAGUAUCAGUGCUAUCUAGGGAAUGAGGCCACGAUAGAAUCAUCAAGUAGCUACCUUUGACUAGCCCUUCAGUAUUGAAGUAAUGAACCC